CCCCAAACCCGGAAGCGUUCCCGAAUCGGCCGUCACCGCUAUUUCAUUCAGCGCUGCCGCGAUUUAAAUCCGCCGCUGUUCCAGAUAUCGUUCGCACCGGACGCCUCGCGCACAUUUGCUCGUCGACAGGUACCGAAGGAGCGCGAGCAUGGCUGGUCGGUUACCGGCUUGUGUCGUCGACUGCGGCACCGGCUACACGAAGCUCGGCUAUGCCGGGAACACGGAGCCGCAGUUCAUCAUCCCGUCAUGUAUCGCGAUCAGAGAGUCGGCCAAGGUGGGAGACCAGGCCCAGCGCCGGAUGACGAAGGGGGUCGAUGACCUGGACUUCUUCAUCGGGGACGAAGCCAUAGACAAACCAUCGUAUGCAACAAAGUGGCCCAUCCGUCACGGGAUAGUGGAGGACUGGGACCUGAUGGAGCGCUUCAUGGAGCAGAUCAUCUUCAAGUAUCUGCGGGCGGAACCUGAAGACCACUACUUCCUUCUGACAGAACCUCCUCUCAACACACCGGAGAACCGAGAGUACACCGCAGAGAUCAUGUUUGAGUCCUUCAACGUCCCGGGCCUCUACAUUGCUGUUCAGGCGGUCCUGGCGCUGGCUGCCUCCUGGACCUCCCGGCAGGUGGGGGAGCGGACGCUGACGGGCACCGUGAUCGACAGCGGAGACGGAGUCACGCACGUCAUCCCGGUGGCUGAAGGCUACGUCAUCGGCAGCUGCAUUAAGCACAUCCCCAUCGCCGGCCGCGACAUCACGUACUUCACCCAGCAGCUGCUGAGGGAGCGGGAGGUGGGGAUCCCCCCGGAGCAGUCGCUGGAGACGGCCAAGGCGGUGAAGGAGCGGUUCAGCUACGUCUGCCCCGACCUGGUGAAGGAGUUCAACAAGUACGACACGGACGCCUCCAAGUGGAUCAAACAGUACACGGGCAUCAACUCCGUCUCCAAGAAGGAGUUCACCAUCGACGUCGGCUACGAGCGCUUCCUGGGGCCGGAGAUCUUCUUCCACCCCGAGUUCGCCAACCCAGACUUCACCCAGCCGAUCUCGGAGGUCGUGGACGAGGUCAUCCAGAACUGCCCCAUCGACGUCCGGCGUCCGCUCUACAAGAACAUCGUGCUCUCCGGAGGCUCCACCAUGUUCAGGGACUUCGGCCGCCGCAUGCAGAGGGACCUCAAGAGGUCCGUGGACGCGCGGCUGAAGAUGAGCGAGGAGCUGAGCGGCGGCAAGUUGAAGCCGAAGCCCAUCGACGUGCAGGUCAUCACGCAUCACAUGCAGAGGUACGCCGUCUGGUUCGGGGGAUCAAUGCUGGCGUCUACUCCCGAGUUCUACCAAGUGUGCCACACCAAGAAAGACUACGAGGAGAUCGGGCCGAGCAUCUGCCGCCACAACCCCGUGUUCGGAGUCAUGUCCUAAGCGUCGGGGCGGCGCAUUCAGCGGAGGAGGAGGAGGAGGAGGAGGAAGAAGAAGAAAAAAGGGGGAAGAAGCUCCGCCAGACCUCGCGUGCCGUGGACGUCCCAUGAGCCUUUGCGCGGAUGCUCCGACAGACCCGUUCAUUGGGAGAAACAGUGGACCAAACAAACUGACAAACUAGCGGCAACAUCCUCACAAAACGGAGGACGAGAGGAGACUCGGCCCGAAGGAUCCUCGCAUAUAAUGUUUACUGCAAGUAGGUUAAUAAUAGGUGAUGAAUCUUUAAUUUCUGCGUGCCUCGUAUAUGUACUUAUGAUAUCCUCACAGGGUUUUAAUAUGUGAUUAAUCAACAUGAGUCCUGUAUAGACCUCUCUGUGUAUAUGGGUUGGGUUCUUGCUAAAUGUUCUAAACCUGGUUUGUUUUCCACAAACACGAGUGAAUAAAACACCUUUUUGGUCAUCAAAUGGGUGAAAACAACAACAACAAAUAUCAAUCAGCAGACACACUGACCCUCCCUGAUUUUCUUUUUAAAUGUCCAUCAGUAUCUGGAAGAGAUAUUUAUUUGUAGUCAGAUUAUUAAGGCGUUUAAAGAAUAUCAUCCAUCUGUUCGAGUGGUGUCCGCCGGUGACGCCGUCUCUCUCCAACAUGUGUAUUAAUGACGUUUGAGUGACUGUUGUUGGACCAUCACUGUUGCCUCGAGAUCUCAGUUCUUCUGGAGAGCCUUGUACUGUAAACCUGCAGCUCAAUGCCGGCAUUACAAUAAAUGCCAAGGAGACAUUUC